AUGCGCGUUGGUCAUUUCCAUCGGGCACUCGGCUUUGUACUAGCUGCAGUUGUUCUGCCAACGACUGCUCGACCCUCACAACCACCAGCAACUAUUCCUUCUCAUAGUGAUUCAUUCCCUCCACCUGAAGAUGUUUUCAAUGUCUCAUCUAUGUUGGAAAGCCCUCUUGAGUUGUCUAGACGUCAAGAUGGAAUGGUUGACCUCCGGAUUCUGAACCUUGGUGCAUCGAUUGUGUAUGGUGUCGGGUCUUCUACUGGUAACGGUUAUCGCUCUUUUUUGAGGGACCAAUUGCGAAGCACUGGCUGGAAUGUUAAUAUGGUGGGAAGUAAGCGUAACGGCGAUAUGAAAGAUAAUGAUGUGGAAGCAAACCCAGGUGACACUGUGGACCAGGUUGCUACGGCAUCGAGAAAUUCGAUGGCCUACCAGCCCAAUGUCGUAUUGAUUCAAGCUGGUAGCAAUGACUGCGCCCAGAACAUUGACACUGGUAAUGCCGGCGUCCGUAUGCGCAAGCUGAUUGAGCAAAUCUUCGCUACCCCGGGGCUGGAAAAAACUACCAUCAUCCUUGGUACGCUCAUUCCCAACUUUGACAACAACAUUCGUUAUUGCGAGGACGACAGCAAUGCUCCCGGCGGAGGUGUCAAUGCACAAUACCGCGCACUUGCUAGCGCUCUUCGCGUGGAGGGAAAGAAAGUCGUCCUUGCUGAAAUGAAUCCUGUCGCACCUCAUCCGGGAAAUGGGUGGAUCACGCGAGACGACAUGUCUGAUAACACACACCCUAAUGACGCCGGAUUCAAAAAGAUGGCCUAUGUCUACUGGAGCGCUAUUGAAGUCGCGAAGAAUGAGGGAAAACUUGAAGCCCCUAAUGACGUUGAUUUUAGCGUCGCCAAACCAGGCUGCGAAAAGAAGGCCGGCGACGGAGUCUACGCGGGCGGCCUGACGCAGCAGGGCAGCGGCGUCGACGAUGGAAUCUAUUAUCACGAGAGUGUGCCAAAAGACAUAGUCUUGACCAUUUCAUCCGGAUGGGAUCGCAACCAAUGGCGAUUCGCCCGUCUUUUCAGCAGAGCCAAGGACGAUCUCGUUGGCUGGUUUGAACAGUCGCCUAGUGUUGCCGCAUACGGCGUUUGGAAAAACAACGGAGACUACAACACUGCUCGUUUCGACAAGAUUGCGGACAUGACUGUUGAUGACAACUGUAUUCCUCGCGGUGUACGUUUCAUCGAUAUCAAUGGCGAUGGUCUGGAUGAUUUCGUUUGUAUUGCACCGAAUGGUGAUGCCUUCGCGUCAAUCAAUGAGGGUAAUGGUAACGCCAACACACCUCCGACGUUCCACAGCAUCGGUCUUUGGAAAGAAAAUGUCGGCUGGACACAGGAGCACAUCGUUCUUGCAGAUAUCGACGGCGACGGACGAGCCGACUAUUGCUACUGGGACGAUGGUGGCAACAUCUGGUGCUGGCGUAACGGAUGGAUCGACGACGUACCCAAGUACUGGCAGAAUCUCGGAAUGCGGUUUCCUGCCAAGGGCAUGGGCGAUGCACACGGUGUCCGUUUUGAAGACAUAAACGGCGAUGGUCGAGAUGAUUGGUUGUGGGUCCGCGACGAUGGCCAGACCACAACUUGGACCAAUGCGCGCAGUUGUGCCUCUGGCCGUGAAGGUGACGGGCUCAAUGUCGCCUGGAGGCAGGGUUUCUACCGGGGCGCAUCCGAAGGCCCGACUCAUAACGGCAUGGGCAGCUUUGCAAGCACAGGCCUUCGUGACAGGAUUCACUUCGCUAGAAUCUUCGGCGAGCCCCAGGACUUCGGUCUUCUCGGCAAGCUAGACUACGUUUUCAUGGAACACGUCGCGGACGGUGAUCGCCACAAGUUCAACGUCCGGGUCUGGAAGAAUGUAGGCGGAGGCGGCACCAAACUCAAGGCCGAUGGCGUCAAGUACUGCAACAUGAUGGGCCACCCCAACGGCAAUGAAGAUUACGUCUGGACAUGGUCAAAGGGACAAAUGCUCAUGUAUCCCAGUCGCGGUGUCGGACGUAUCUCGCCCGGUGAAUCCUGGUGGGGUCCGGUUGUUGACCCGAUAUGGACGCCGCCCUUUGAUAUCGACCGUCGCGACCUGCAUCUUACCGACUGGGAUGGCGACGGGGCCUGCGACAUCGUCUGGGCCGAUUCUAACAACGGUAAUCGUGUGCAGGUCUGGCGCAACAAGUAUCCGGACACCGGGCGAUGGGAAUGGGAUCAUUACGCCAACCCAGCGCCCGAGUUGACAUGUGGGCAGAAACGAGGACUCGGUAUUCAUGACGUGCCCAUCCGCUUUGCAGACGUGACAGGAAACGGCCGUGGAGACUACCUCUGCAUGGAGCCGGAUGGGCGGAGCUCAGGCUGGGUUCACAAUGAUGCUGGAGCCUGGGAGCGCAUCAACCAGUUCAAAUUCACCGAGGGAAAAGACCGCGCCAACCUUCGCUUCGCAGAUGCCAACGGUGACGGCAGAGCAGACAUGAUUUGGGUCGACAAGUUCAAUGGUGAAGGAUGGGUAUGGUACAACGAAGGACGCAUCCCAGCUGGUGGCUCCGACUUCACCUGGCGCAAACCCAGCGAGGCCGCGUAUUCUGGCUACAAAGCUGGCACCUGUACCUAUUAUGUCGACAUGGACGGAGAUGGCAGAGCGGACCAACAUUCCAUCCUGGGCACAUUUACCAACCAAGCUGAGACUUCACUCAACCUUUGUGGUGGAGGAGGUGACAGCUCAGACGACUCCGCGGCGCAGAGCCCAAGCCUUCCUUACAUGCCAGGCACCACCCCCGGUGAAAGCGGCGGCGACAGUGGUAAUAGUGACGAAUGCGCUGCUGGCACAGGUCCCGGCGACUUUGAGGAACUCUGCGGCUUUAGCUGCAAGUUUGGCUAUUGUCCGCCGCCCUGCACCUGCACUAGAUACGGAACUCCAGAAGCUAUGCCGGAAGCAUCGGACACCAUUGGGUAUCCGGCCAACGACCACGAUCUGAGCUAUGCAGAUCUAUGUGGUUUCUCCUGCAGCCGUGGCCUGUGUCCUGACUACGUCUGCCAAUCCUUCUUCCCAGGUGGCGGUUUCAUUGAGCUACCCAAUUGUGAUAAGCGCAAGUGGCAGUGCCACUCGGUCGACUCAUGCGGCGUGUCUGAUGAUAUAUUCAGAGAGCCCAAAGAGAGGUGGGACUAUGUUGACGCUGGCUUGGUCCUCUCAGACAUUCAAAGCGAUUGGAAAGCUGGCGUUGGCUUGCCGAAUAGCCAAAACGACUAUAUCUUUUCAGAGUACGCUUCUGUCAGGUACGGUGGCCAGGACGAUAUCACGCAGAGAUGGCUGGGACCCCAUCCAUUCCAAUGCCAGUCCCUCUCUGAAGGAUCCUGCACAACCGCACAGAUAUACUGUGGAUUGACGGACUAUGUUGCGCUAGACCUCAUGCUGAUAUCAUUUUCUCACGUCAAUCAAGCUUUCAAAGCACUGUACGACACUUUCAAUGAUGUCAACAUCAAAGGUAUUGUCAACAAGCUCUCUGAAGACUUUGGCCCCGACGACGACGAGGGGGACCUUGCGACCAUAAAGACAGCGCUUGAGUGGUUCGACAUAAUCCUCGGCUUUGCUGGCAUGAAAACCUGGAAAGAUAGUAUACAGAGAAUAGUCGACCUUGGCGGGGAUAUUAGCGAGAAUGCGAAUUUCUUCGUCGGCCUGUAUGAGACCAUUGCCGGCGAAGCGGCAGAAGGAAAGGAAAAGGAGAUGGAAGGCGAGAAAAACCUUGAUAAUGCCGUCAACUUGUUCAUUGAGACAGGCAAAGGGGUCGCUGAUGCUGCUCUCGUGCACCUUUUUGACGGGUCUGAUGACGGUACAGAACAGCUUAAUGCUCUGAUCAAAGAUGGAGCGUUCCUCCUGCCAUACCGGUCCUCGCCCUCGGCAUUCAACAUCACAAAGAACCUCGAGGCAGCCAUGAGACACCGACUCAUCCCUGCGGCUUGGGCGUCUAACUCUGAUCUUACACCCGUGGUCAUUGCCUGGGAGGAUACAGGUGAAACCGGAAGAUCGGAAUCACCGAUUCACCUGUGGCCUUGGGGUCCGCUGACGGGCGAAGAAGAAAACACAGCCUGGGGAUGGAUCAGCGAUGAAACGGCACGCGCUACACUUAUCGACCACGACGGAUGGCUGUUGUGGCUCGUGGUCUACUUUAACAUCCCCAAGAAGUCGGAAGAAGAUCCUAGGUGGACGUUCCGUGAGCCCAAGGGCUUUGACAAGCUCGGUCCCGAUAACACCGACUAUAAUGGUGCCGUCUGGCAAGACAUUGCCGUCUCGGCGUUUGAGGGCUGGCGCGCAGCGGACAGGGCGCAGGACUACAGUGUAGUGAAGAAGGCAGGCCCCAGCGGUUUCUUCUACGAGGAAGACGUCAAAACACCCGGUUUCAUCAGCGGCAUACCUGUAUGCGGUCUGGAUGUGAUCCAUCACGCCCAUCAGUACGAGGAGCUGGAUAACCGCUGUUCGACUUGGCCUUGCUGCUGUUAUGAGGCAUGGGAUAAACCAUUGGUCUCGUGUUCGCAAGUUCCAGACGGCUUUUCCCCUUACGGUGGAACCGUGACAGAGGCACAGAUGGAGUCGUCUUCAGAGACCACUAACUCGUUUGCGAUGUCGGAGUCCGAUUACGAAGCUUCAUUCCUCAUCGCCAAGGCUCAUCAACAGGAGUUACAUGGCUAUGAUACGACAUGGGAUGGCACUUGGUCCUCAUGA